AAACAAGAUGGCCGCAAGCGGCACGCACACGAAUUAUCAAUAUUUCACGCGGCGCGCCGGCGACUCAUUCAGUCGCUAGCAGUAGUUGCCCGCCACACGCCGCCAUCGCCGUCGUGGAAAUCAUCGCCGAAUUUCAUCACGUUGCACCACAUCGGGUGGCGCGCGCGCGUCGCGCAGCUUCGUGCAUUUGCGCCGUGGGUGCCUGCGAUGGAGCGCCAUUUUUCGCUAGCUACAGCUAACCUUUUAGGCGGGGAGUGCUGGCCUCGCACCGCUUGUCCGCGCUCAUUUGCGCUCUGAACACGGUGCUCGGCGGUGCAUCACCCAGGAGUUUCAAGCCUACGGAUAUUCAUCCCAGAACAUUUCGACCACCGUACAUCGAUACAUAACAAAAGUGAGUGAGUGUAGCGUGGUGCAAACAGUUUCCGUAAAUUAAUUUACCGGAAGCUUGAAGGCAGCACGAUUUGCGCGCGUUGUAUUGGAGGUGGACGGCGCGACGGCGAGGAUGCCAUCGACGCCAUCCGCCUGGACGCCGCUCAGCGACAAGCGGCCGUAAACAUAUUUGAGUGCGACACAAGACGGAUAACCUCUAAGGACGCAACUCUAUGAAGGUACUCUGAGCGAGCUCGAAGUGUGUGGAUUUCCAUGUGAACGGACGAUGUAUCUGCCCGAAAGCGUGGCUUCAAGGAAAUCCAUUUGAGUAUAUGACGCUGCACUUAAGCACCAGACAAUUGUAUGACAGCCAAGGCAUGGAAGAUGGCCCUGAUUCAGGCACAGUGACUGUGACGAGUAACGCCUCCACGCCACGCGCCGCAACCCCUAAUAAUGGUGGCAUCGAGAUGGCGAACUUCCCCACAACCGAAACCCGCGCGCCGGCCACACCGCCGAAAAUUAACGGCGAAUCGGUGCUGCAACAGCCGCAGCCAUCGCCUGUCACCGGGGAUUAUCACGCAUCUCCACGCCACAGUCCUCAGACAGAGGAAACGCCGCAGGAAAACGAAAAUGAGACUAAUAAACCCACAGAAGACAACGUAGAGGCUGGAAAUGGCGAUGAUGAGGAAGCAGAAGACGAAGAUGGAAGUAGUUCCGAUUGUGAUCAUCUUGUAAUCGACGAAGAGGUGAAACCCAAACGACGGAAAAAAGUUUUGAAUAGUAAAGUAAAACCCCCGGAAGAAAAGGAACCAGUUGAAACAGUUGAUGCUCACAAUAGUGAUCAUGAACAAACACAACAAGAAGACGAGGAAAAAAGUGAAGAUCGUCGUCUACACGAUGAAGAACUCCAGCAAAGACUCAGUGAACAGUACAUCCAUUCGAAUCCCUACUUUGCCGAGUCAAUUUUCGAACUUACUAAUCACUACAACACAACACCCGUCUCAGAAGGUAUUCCAAAGCUUUCGCUGAAAAAAGUCGGCAAUCGCUAUGCGAAAAAGGUGCGCGGUAAAAAUGGCAAGCCAAAACUGCGCGACUACGCACAGUAUCUCGGGCUCCAGCCGACGGUGCAGUUUAAAUGUUCCAAAUGCGGUUCAGCUGGAUUUGAAUCGCUGCAGUUGCUCAAUGAGCAUCUGGUAAACUGCACCGCAAUAGCCCCUAUGCAUCCGCCGCCACCGCCAUCUAACAACACCACUAAUUUUAAAGUAACGCGAAAGGUAUUUCUCUGUUCGGCGUGUGGUACUUACUAUGAAAACUGGAAUCUUUUCCUACACAUGCGCGAAGUGCACAAGCGAUUUAUAUGUUUAUAUUGCUUGGGGAUGUUUCCACACGCCGAAAAACUGGCGGCGCAUUUGGUGCAUAAACACAACUGCGCGCCAGCAAAACACGUGGAUGAGAUGGAAUUUGCCGGAGCGCAUCGAGAGCCUUGUUUUUUGAUGUGUUGCGAUUGUCAGAUGGUUUUCACCGAGCAAGAUUACGUGACGCGGCAUAAAUGCAUCGGCGAUAAUGUGAAGGAGAGUGAUAGAGCGACGGUGGGUGGUCAGGACGUUCAGGUAACGACGAAUCAGUUGGUCAUCGAGACGAGCGCCACGAAAGACGGGGAAUUGUCGGUGACGGGAACUGUUGAACUUGCGAGUGUCGAUGAACAAGCGCGUACGGGUGAUUUAGUUGAUAAUAAUAAAGCGGACAAGACGGAUGAAAGUGUUAGUGACGCAGAGUGCGCGCGGGACGUUAGCGGUGAGGAGAGUGACCUGCAGAAGACGACGCUCGGCGAAAAUAAACAACUUAACGUGAGCGACGAGCAGAAUAUUGCUGAUGAAGAUGAUAGUAAUGCAGAAGAUAAUGAUCCUGAUGACGAUGAUGAAAACGAAACAGGCGAUAAAAUGCAAGUUGAAGACGACUCUGCCGAUGAUGAAGUACCGCACGAUGAAAGAAAAGUUCCUAAAGUAACUCUUAAAUUCGCACGGAUGUAUCCCCCGGGCGAUGAGAGCGAAUCUCAUGAAAAUAAACCCCAGCAAAAGGAGUCGGACCACUCCGAGAACGAAAACGAUGAGCAUAGUGACGACAGCGAUAAGGACACUAUGGAAGCAGGCAGUAGUGAAACGAAACUGGUCGAAGACGAUGCUCUUCAUCAACUGCAAGCGUCUUCACAAGAAGGCUCCGAGGUGGACGUAGAGGGAAACACUAGCCAAGAAGAACUUGACAUUGAAAAUUACACUAAACCAACUCUAGAGGCUGAAAAUAACCGGAAAAGGGUUGAAUCUGGAUCUGAGGCAAUGGAAAAGUCACAAGAUGAGAAAUCUGUAGAUCUGGAUAGUUCUCAAGGUGAACAAACCGCACAAACAACGCAAGAUACCGAAGAGUCCAAAGAAUUGUCACAGGAGGAACAAGAUUUAGACGCGAAAGAAGAAGUUUCCACUCUUGCUACAGCCGGCAGUGAAAUCGCCAUCAACGAAAUAGAAUUAGAUCAACCCCUGGACAAAUUCGACAUUAAACUUUUGCUCCAGAAAUGUCUGCAGGCGACGAUACCAACGUGUCUGUAUUGUAAUCAUGCGCGCAAGAUUGCGGUGAACGGUAAACAACUUGGUUUACACGCGAUUGCAGAGCACAGGUAUUCUUCAAUCGUGAAAUCUAUUACAGCUGAAGAAUUAAUACCGGAAAGUUUUAAUAAUCGCAUUCAGGAGUCUUUAGAGGAGCUGGAUAAGAUGUAUUUUGCUCUCGAAGAUGUAACGCCGUCGUUCACGCAUAUGUUUGAAUGCUUUCAAUGUCGAUAUAGUUCUCCGAUGCACAAAGAGUUGUACAUGCACAAUCGGAAACUCCAUGCCAAAGCCCUCCUCAUUUGCACCAUGUGCAAGACUAGUUUCUACAGUUAUUCCGAAUUGUUGUGCCACCAGUGUCCGGGAGUGUACUCCUCGGAUAGAGAUCGUGAUGUGUAUUUUCGUUGCUGCAUGUGCGUCAGCGAUGAGUUUCCUUCGGCGUUUCGACUCGUGGUGCAUCUGAGGAAGGCGCAUCAUGUUUGUGAUGUGUGUCUGGAACUAUGCCACAAUCAGAUGCGCCUAUCGAAUCAUGUCUGGAAACAUAAACUGCAUCAUUUGUGUUAUCGCUGCGGGAUAGCUUAUAGGAAUAAACAGGACAUCACGAGACAUUUGUUCUGGAAGCAUGGUACGGAGAGUGUUCAAUGUAAAAAGUGUUUACAGAAGAAAUGGCCGCAUAUGUAUCACUUUUGCCAACCGCCGGCGAGUUUUGCAUGUGAUCAGUGUACUGUGACAGUACCACGCGCGUCUAAACUGAGGGUCCAUAAGAGGCUUCAUUCUAAUGAAUUCCCGCAUGCGUGUACCGAAGAGAAUUGUACGGAGAAGUUUAUCUCAAAACGUCUUCUUUUCAAACAUGAGAAAAAAGUGCACAGGGAGCCUGAGGAACCGGUAAAAAUGGAAGAAGAGCCCGAAAUGGAAGAUAUAGUUGUGGAAGAGAUCAAGGUAGAUCGAGAAUCGCCGGAUUUAGAAAAGAAGGUUGAUGUUGACGAGACAAAGGAGGAAAAAGAAGAAAAGCCAAAACCUAAAGUGGACGUCUAUGAUCUUCCAGAGUUGAAUCUCUCCGAGAGUGACAGUGAUAGCGAGGACGAAUCAACAAAGUCCACGUCGAUAUUCAAACCGGAAAAUGAUAUUUCUUCUUCUAUUUUAAUGAAUCCUGAUGAUUUACUCCUGGAGACUUCUCAAGAUGACAUUUUGAAAUUAUCGGAUGAUUUGGACUUGGGGCUUGGUUCUGAUGAUAUUUCGAGAUAUGGUGAAGGGGAACCUUCGCCGGGAAUGGAUAAUGCUGUGUUAGAUAUUUGGAACAAUUUCAAAAAUUAUCAGGAGAACAUUGCCAAAACAAUACUGACUGAUGUCAGUAAAGAUGAUGAUGAUUUUCCGGCGAUUCUAACAGAUAUCCCACCGGUAUUAACUUUAGAAGAAGCUCUUCGAGAUCACGAUUAUUGUCCCAGGACUACAGAUACUUUAAUUGAGCAAGAACACAUACCAGGGUUACAACCAAUUGUUCAACCAAGUCCUGCAAACUCGGCGGAUCAUGAUUAUUGCUCAGGAAGUGGUUUAGGAAGAUUACCAGAGAAGAAAGAAGAAGUUGAUGCGAAAGGAGGAGUACUACCAUCGUCUAAGGCUUUGGUAAUUGAAAAUUUCGAAGAACCUCCAAGUGUAAAAUCUAAAUCUAAAGAAUCUUCAGAUUCAAGUUCGGAUAGUGAUUCGUCAAGUUGUACUUGUGGAUCAAAUUGUUCAUGUUCGUCGGGGUCUAGCUCUAGUUCAUCUUCGGAUUCUUCCGAAUCAGAUAGUUCAAGUGAAGAAGGCCGGCGGCGGCAACAGGUGCGCAGAGAAAAGCGAAGAGGAAGGAAACCAAAAGCUCAGUUAGAAAAUGUUCCAGCCAGUGUUACAAAGGCAAACCAAAAACACGAAAAUGAUAGAAUCUUAAAAGAAGAAGCUAAAGCGAGUAGUAGUCCUACAGCGGGUAAAACAUCUUCUACACCUAAAGAAGCUCCCAUUAGAGAUUCAGAUCUUUCUACCACUGAAAGUGAUACAGAUGAAGAAUUCUAUGAUAAAGAACCUCAGAAAAUUGCGAAUAAACUGCUGGCAGAAAGAGAAAAGCUGAUGCAAAUGGCUGCGCAUGGGACGUACGUCAAUGGCGCUUUGAUAGACAGCAGACCUGCGACACCAAGUAUGACUGAUGAGAGUAACCAACAAAGUGCACAAUCAUCUACACAGAAAGAACCGAAGAAAAGUAAGAAAUCAAAAUCUAAAAAGAAGAAACGAAAGAAGAGCUCAAAGCGGCAGUCUAAGAUGGCUCCUGCGCCACCAGCGCCAUACCGUCAUCAACAGCAACCACAAGUUGCACCUUUAACUCUCACAUUGCCAAAGAGCGCUCCUGUCACGCCAGUUUAUAACAGUCCACUCAACAUCAGCAAUCACAAUCCAAUGAGUAUGAGCAUCAAUAACACGCCCACUGGACAAUCUCCGCUUUUCACAGAUAACGAAAACAGUGGGACGAGAGCGUCCAAACGCCGGCGGGUACCGAAUAAAUUCUACGGGUAUUCCAGUGAUGAAGAGAAUGAAAAAGUUGUCGCCACUGGCGCACCUAACAUUAAGUUUAGAAAGAUUGAUUUGCCAUCACCCAAACCGCCAAUGAUUGUUCCACCAAUCACAAUCAAGACCACCCCGGUUGUUAACCCAAUCUCAAUACGAAUGUCUGCGAAUCCAGACGAAAUGCGCGUGCAGCCUUUACGACUACCCCUACAUAAAAAGAAACGCAGUGCGCCGAAAACUAAAGCUCGAAAGGUACCACCCCAACCCUCACCUGUACAACAACCACAUAAUCCUCCUAUUCCUCAGUCGUAUCCAGCGCCACCACCUGUACCACGCGUGCGCAUGCCUCCACCGCCAGCGAUACGUCAACGUGUCGUUGAUAACGACUCUGGAAGCGACUCAAACUCUAGCACCAGUGACGCUGAUGAGGAACCUACGCCUGCGCCAACGCGGCUUCCACCUACAGCAUUCUCUCAUUCUAAACCCAACGCGCCUACGACUGCAUUGUAUUGCUACUGCCGCUGUCCGUACGAUGAAGUCUCCGAGAUGAUUGGUUGUGAUUCGGACGACUGUGCCAUCGAGUGGUUCCACUUCGAAUGUGUGGGUAUAAUGGUCCCACAAGGACAAUGGUUCUGUCCCGAUUGCCGCAAGAGGAAGCAACAACGCCGCGAGAUGCUUCAACAGAAUGCUCGAGUUAAGUGAACUGAAGUUGUCAGGAAUUGAUGCUGAGAAACAAGUGUAGUGUCUCGAACUGUCGAAACGUUUCGAAUAUUUUUUCAAGAAUUGCUUAUUUUGUAACGCAAAGAGAGAACGAAACAAGAGUGACACAGGAGCGUGGACGCUUGCGAAUGUGUAAUCAACGUGUGUACAUAAUUGACCAUAGAAUUUAGCUAGCUAGGAACUGUUGUAAAUAUUAACGAGUAGCUACUUAAUUAACGAUUAUAAAUAAUCUUAAUCUUUGUGAUUGUAAGCAUGGAAUAAGUUUUUCUACAUGGAGAACUCAUCUCUUACAUCAAUAUUAAUGCUCGAAGUAUUGUUUUUAAACGACA